UUAAAAAAAAACCCCAAAACACAAUGUAAUUCUUUAAUUUUGUGUAGCAUUAGUCAGAUUAAAUUAUUCCUAGAAAUACACACAGAGCAAUUUGCUAUAGGAAAAGAUGAUAUAAAUGAAAAACAUUCAUUUAAUAAUAACUUCUAAAUGUGGCCAAAAGGCUUUGACAUUGUGUACAUUUGUUUAACAUGCAUUAACAUCAAAUAUUCUAUUUCCCAGAGACCUCAAUGCCAGGUUAUUAUCCAGUCUUUAUUGUAAGCCUUUUAAGUCAAUAGUGUGAUAUCGUUUAUAGAAAAAAAAUGUCCUCAAUAUUUUGUGUAUGUCUGCAGCCCAAGUCAAUAUUAUCACUUAAAAGAAUUAUUGAAGUGUUCUAGAGAAUGAAAAGUGGUUGACUUUAAUGAAUGUUUAUACUAAAAUCCGAUAAAUUCUCGUAGCAGGUUUGACAGAGUGACAAUGAGCUGGGAUAGGAACAUUGAUUUGGUGGCGGCAGCGGCGGUAUGAUGACAAUGACAAGCUUGGUUUGGGACCAUUCCUGAUGGACCGAUUCCCAGAGUCUACAGAAAACAUGUCACAGAUGAUCCCUGUCUCCCGUCUCUUGCCCAAACACAGGACAGACGAAGAAGAUUCCUCCAAGAUGUGCUGGAUGUCCAAGCUUUAGGCUACUGAUCUCCAAGUGACAAUCAUUCAGAUUCAGAAAGACUCAUAACCCUCCAAAGGUGACACUUUUUUACAUUGUCACUCCUGCUGUUUUGGGAUUUUGGAUGUCCAUUUGCCAACAAAGGUGAAUAAAGUCGUCUGCUGUGCAACCAUCCCCAGCUCUUCACAGAGAUAGCCAGUCAGAAAAAAUACACUGUGUCGUCUUCACAGGGCGGACGGAACCUACAGAACCUUGGGACAUUUUGGCCGGUCCUUGAGAAAGAGACUUUGUUAUGGUCGCUGGGAUCAGAUGAUGAAACCUUUGGAGGCAAUCCGCUGCACUUUUCCCAAUUGUACCUGCGAGUGUUUUUCACCUGGUAAACUUCUUCUUCGUUCCUGUGAUGGCUGCAAACAUGGAUGGGUAGCUCAUGCUUUAGAUAAACUUGGACACAGGCACAUUUAUAACCUCGGGAUGUCGGUGGAAGUGGUACAGCCCAAUAUCGUGUUUGACAUUGCCAGUCUGAUGUUGUAUGGGACUCAGGCCACACCCAUCAGGCUGAAGAUCCUGCUGGACCGACUCUUCAGUGUCCUUCAGCACGAGGAAGUCCUACAAGUCCUACAGGGAUUUGGCUGGACCUAUGAGGACUACGCCAGGGGAUACAUACUACAGGAUUCAAGUGGACAGGUCCUAGAUAAAUGGACCAUUGCCUCCAGAGAGGAAGAACACGUCAUUCUGCAGCAGUUUCUACGAUUCGGUGAAACCAAGUCUAUUGCCCAGGAAAUCAUCCUGCAAGACACCAAAGAGCAUGAGAUUUUUUUCAAAUCUGGCAACCGAUCUGACUCUGAGAUCAAAAAGUUUAUUGAAAGAAAUAAUCAUUCUAUGCAAAGCUACAUGAGAUCUUUUGAAUCUCGACAUUUAUUUGGAUCAAGGAUCCCAUUUGUACCCAUGGACAGUCGCCUGUUGUCCCCAGCAUCUUUAUCCAAUUUCUCACCUCCUUCUUCUAGAGAGCUGCGCCCUGCUGUGGUCACCGCCGGGAUGACAUCAUCCAGUCCUAGCUCUGGCUCUCCUUUGGGAAGACUUCAAACCAUGCAGCCAUUUGAUUACCGCCGGGAACAGGGAAGUCCUGCACUCAGUCCGGUUGUUCCGGACAAGCGAUCCGGAUCCUCACCGAGUCUCAGUCCGAAGAACCUCAGCUCCACUCCCCCUUCUUCCCAACCUGUGACUCCCCCAUUUACACCAAUAAAAGGACUGGAGAAUCAGGACCAGUCUCCCAUGUCACUGACAAAGAUCCCCAUGACAUUACCUAUACUCCCACCAAAGGACAAUCAGGCCAUCAGUGCAAUUGAUUAUUCUACCAAGGAUUCACCUGUCUCACCCAACUCUAUUUUCUCUGAUAGAAAGCUCAAACACAUCAGAAAAUCAAACAACCCUGUAAAACGGCAAUGGAAUCCCUCCCCAGGUUUUGGAACUACAUUGAUUGGACCAAAUGGAAAGAAGCGUGUUCUGUGUACAGCUUGCAACAAGACUUUCUGUGACAAAGGAGCAUUGAAAAUUCACUAUAGUGCAGUUCACUUGAAGGAAAUGCACAAAUGCACAGUGGAUGGUUGCAACAUGAUGUUCAGUUCUCGCAGAAGUCGAAACAGGCACAGCGCAAACCCCAAUCCUAAACUGCACAUGCCCCAAAAGCGAGUCAAAAUGUCAGAGAGCAAUUCAUCUUUGAAUGACGAUUCAGACAAAUCUUUGGCUUGCAGUCCCCCACCCACUAUGGUGAUGCCUCCAACUCUGGGACCACAUGGAACAAUUCCACCAAUUGAUGGCAAAGACAUUCAUCCAGCCAGCCAGGCAGCUUUCUAUGCAGAACUCAAUGCACAUUUGUCAAUGUUUCCCACUCCAGAGAAACGAUACAAACUAUUUCACAAUGAUGAAGGGCCAAAGGAUUUCAGCAUGCUCCACAAUAGGGAUUCAAAGUUAGAAUCUGAUGGGGAGAGCAUGUCUGAUAAAGAGGAUAGACAGAAAAUGGUCUCACCAACUCAAAGAGCCAGCAGAAGGAAAAACAAUAUUCCCACCCGCUACAAACAGCCAACAGAAAACUACUCAGACGACAACUCUGAUGAAAAAGACUCACCGAAAGAAUGUAUUGAUGAUGGACGGUACUAUCACAGAAGAAGCAAGAUAGCAGACUCGAUUGAAAAUGAGAGAUCCUCCAGUCCCCAGUCUCAGAGGUAUUACCUCAAUCUCUCCUUGGCAGAGGGUGAUGCUUCAGACAAAAAAGAAGAUGAUGAAAGUCCUUCAAGGAGAGACUUUCCCAAAAUUGUUUCUCUCCUGUCCAAAUCUCCUGGCUAUGACUCUCAAGAGGCAUUAGAUUUCUCAAAGCCAAAAAAAAAGGUUGAGGAAGAAUCAGAAAUGGAAAUCGACUUCAAUGCCUCUGAAAAUAAAGAGACAGACAUUGAUAAAUCAGAUGAUGAUUUUGAAGAGAAAGGGGACCUAGAGGAAUCAUUUGUAUGUGACAGAUGUGAGAAGACAUUUUCUAAUGAUGCAUCCCUGCAGUAUCAUAUCAAGACCAUUCACAAAAGUACUAAAACCAACAAGACCACAUCAGAAUUCUCAAGUCGCAAACGUAAAAUCUCAAGAACAGAGGAUGAAUCUGAAGGGAAGAUGGAAGAGAGAGAAAGCAAAAGAAAGGAGGAUGAAGAAAACCAUCAACCAAUUAAAUGCAACGGAACUCAGAGCAAUGGAAAUGGAUUGUUACAGGAAAUAGAUGAUGCUGGGAAGGACAAUGAGGAAGAAGAUCGCGACAGUGGGACAGAGUUAAAUGAGAUUUGUCUUGAGGAAAACGAGAUUUCAGUUGAUUGCCAUAUCUGUGAGUCCAAAUUCAAGGACAAUCUAGCUCUAAAAGAACAUUUUGAAGUCAACCAUCCAAAGGAAAUGUUCAACUGUACAGUCAAAGGAUGCGAAAAGAUCUUCUCAACAAGAAAAAGCCGAAAUAGGCACAGUCAAAACGACAAUUUGCAUCGACAUCUGUGUUCAGAGAACCAGAAUAGAGUAGUGUGAGUCUCAUUUAGGGAGCGAACUGAUUUAGUGCUUUAUUUAUUCACUCAUUGUUUUGUUGAAAAUAUUUGUAAAUGGUUUAACUUAUUACUAUUCACAAGCUUGCAAAUUAAGAACGCACUCUUAGGAGAACCAAAUCCUCAGAAUAAAUAAAAUUAGUUCAGACUGUGUAGCAAAUUUACCGAAUUUGAGUGGGAAAAAAAUUGAAAAGUGUAGAAAAACAAUUCUCAUUUUUUGUUCACUGUUUUUAUUGUCUUCAUUGUGAAAUCAAUUAAGACAGUCUUAUUUAGAAAGACAAAAUAAAUUUCUAUGCAAGUUUACAGCUUCAAUGUCGAAGGCGUCAAAUAUUUCAUGGCUGUAAAUCUAUUUACAAUAUUACAUUCAGUAUCUGUUUAGAUGUCUCAAUGUUGUUAUGCAUAUUGUUGUGAAUUUUUUUUUUGUAAUUAAAACUCAGGUAAAUUUAACUAACAUAAGUGAUAGAUCUUAAUAUUGUUGCAAUCAUGUAUUUGUUGAAAACCUUGUGAAUGUAAAUUUUGUCUGUUUGGGAGAAGAUUUAUGCUCUAAGUCUCUAUCUUGGGUGGAAUUAUAGCCAGCCAAAAAGAAGUCUGCCCAGAAACACAUUAUACAGGGUUUUCUUGUGUGCCUGCAUGCAUCACCAUUUCAUGUACAAAGGGAGACUAUUCAAUCUUUUAUUGUCUUACCAUUUUUUUUUUCUUUAUGCUGUCAUAGUUAUAAGUGUUAGUAUCGGAGUAUUUUUGUAGCUAUUUAAUUGUAUUAAACUACAACCCCCUGAUCACUUAUCGGAUGCAAUAACUGUACAGCUGAUGGCGUGUGCAUAAAACAGUCUGUGUCAGUUUCUAGUUCAGUGUGUGCUUGAUUUAAUUCUCACUGGCUCCCAAACCAAUCAAAAUGUUGCUCUCAGUCAAGUCAUUUUGGGAAAAGGAUCUUUUUUCCCCCCAGAUUCAAUAUUCAAUUUCAAAAUGCUUGCUGGUGAAAAUUAAUGAAUGCCAGAUUUUGUCAUUCACAUUAAUUAUAUGUUAGUUUUUUAUGCUGUAGUUUUAAAUUUUGAAUCAACUUGAGAGGACUUGUAUUCAGAUAUAAAAAUCAGAAAUUUUUUUAAUUGUUAAAUUAAAAAAAUGAAAAACUUACCCAAAAGAAGAAGAGAUUAAAAUCAUUUAAUAAGCAAAUAUAUAUAAUAUAUAAAACUUAAUAUGUAUAAUCUGUGCAAAUUUUUUUCACAAUUUGAGAGAUUAUUUAUUCAAUACCAAAGUAUGCUACCUUUGUUUUGUAGUUAUGAUUUCGCACAAAGAAUGUGAUAAUAAGGUAUAAAGUCAUGUUAUUAAGGUAUAGACGAAUCCUUGGUAUGAAGGAGUGUAGGAUACACUUAACACUAAACACACUUAACACAGCCAGUAAAUGUCUUGAAGAAAUGUCAUUAUAAUUGUUUACCUUAAUUUUAGAGUUGCACUAAAAAUUCAUAGUGGAAAAAAAGGUGAAUUUAAGAUUGAAUUGUCAAGAUUUUAUGAUUUUCUUUUCUUUUUGUAGUCCUUUCCCACCCCUAAUUUAUUUGUGGGAUGAUAAAAAGACAUUUUAGAUGAUGUUAAGAAUCUAAAAGUCUGAACCACAUUACUUUUAUAUUGAAUAUUAAAAAUUUAUUUGAGAGGUAUACAUUGCAUGUAGGCAUUAUGCAUGUUGUACACCGACAACAUCAAAUAUAGUAUUAUUUUACAUUAUUUCUAUUAUGCAUGUUUAUGCAAACGAUUGUUUUUGUUAUAUCAAGAAUCUAGUCAAUUUUUUAGCGAUUAUUUGAGCACAUUUUAUAUUGAUUUUGUCAAUGUUCAAGUCCUGCCAAUUCAGAGUUGCCAAAGUCUGUAUAUUUAAUACUUAGGUAGAUAGACUGUGAUAAUGCUGCUGAUGAACCUAGUAACCUCAGUCCUGCCCGAGAACCAACCCGAGUUCUAUCCUAGUUAUGUGUCAGUAGUCCCUAUAACCCACCAGAAUCUCUUUGUAGUAUGCAAUUGUCUUAAUAAUAUUAUUAUUUCAUUGUUCAUCAAAGUAUUAAUAAACAAUUGCCAUCUUGUCAAAUAUUUACAACAUUUUAACCAUGCAUUAACGAAGAAAAAAAAUGCUUGUAGAUUUUGAAUUUUUCCUCCAGAGAUUCAAUUUUGCAACAACUGUGUUCAAGCAUAUUUGCUACUACAGCCUUAAUUCUGCUGUCCCUUUUCUAUCCCACGGACUAGAAUUUUUCUAGAACAUGUACAUCUAGUUAUCUGUUGUGUAUAGUUACCAGCCAUUUUGUUGGUUCACUAAACCAUGUAGAGGGUGAAAGUGUGAGUAGCUGUCUUUUUUGGUCCUCAUCUGGAUUUUUUGUUCACAUAGGGCACAUCACCUUACUUUGAAGUUUUUCAUAGAUUUUAUUCACCUGUUCAGUAUUGGGUAGACAUAAAUUAUAUAUGUGCAAUAGGCGAAUACAAUGAAUUUGUUAUCAUUUUAUGCAUAAUUUAUACAGACCACUUUUUUGUAUCAGUAUUAGGUUUAGAAUAAAGUUCUUGUAUACCAUU